AUGGCUUCCGACAAUAGCUUUGUGCAAGCUGCUAUCCCCUGCUUUGAUGGUCACUAUGACCAUUGGAGCAUGCUCAUGGAAAAUUUCUUGAGGUCCAAGGGCAAGUUCUGGCCAUGGAGUGAUGACAACAUUGAGCAGAAAGUCCAAGUUGAUUUUGAUGAAGAAGAAGGAGGAAAAAGUCAGCAACCCACACCAAGUCAGAUUACUUCCACUGUUUCUCCAAAUUCUGAUGCGAAUCCAGAUUGCGAAAUUGAAGAAACUAAGAGGCGAACUCAACGUAAUAGGAGAAGGCAUGCAUGGAUGUCCGACUUUGAGGCGUGUGGGGGCAUGGGAGGAACGGGCAAAACUACUAUUGCAAAAGUCAUUUAUAAUAAAAUUGGCCGCAAUUUUGAAGGUAGGAGCUUCCUUGCAAAUAUUAGAGAAGUUUGGGAACAAAAUGUUGGCCAAGUGUCUUUACAAGAACAAAUUCUCUUCGAUAUCUGUAAAGAAACUAAAGCAGGGAUACAAAACAUUGACAAAGGAAAAAGUAUAUUAAAGGAUAAGCUUGGCCAUAAAAGAGUACUCCUCGUACUUGAUGAUGUGAAUACAUUGAAUCAAUUGAAUGCUUUGUGUGGAGGUAGGCAAUGGUUUGGUUUGGGUAGUAGAAUAAUUAUCACAACUAGAAAUAUGGAUUUACUUAAAGGGAAUAGAGUUGAUAAACUUUACAAAAUGCAAGAAAUGAAUGAAAGAGAAUCAAUUGAGCUUUUCAGUUGGCACACAUUCAAGCAAGUGAAACCGAAAGAAGUUUUCAUUGAAAUUUCCAAAAAUGUUGUUGAGUAUUGUGGGAGAUUGCCACUAGCUCUAGAAGUCCUUGGGUCCUAUUUGUAUGGUAGGGAGGUAAAAGAGUGGGAGUGUGUCUUGGACAAACUCAAAACAAUCCCCAAUGAUCAAAUUCAUAAGAAGUUAAAAAUAACAUCAGAUGGCAUUCAAAAUUUGUUGUUGAUAAAUUACACAAAGGCCACCAUUAUGCUUUUUAAGACAGAGGCAUUAGCAUUUUUCAUUGAGUAG